AUGAAUGCAGUUGUGAGCAGAACGAGGGUUGUCCUUUUCCCACGCCGGAGGCACUUCUCAUCAAAGAAGGAUUACGACGUGGUAGUGAUAGGCGGCGGCCCUGGGGGCUACGUGUGCAGCAUCCGGUGUGCGCAGAAUAAGCUCAAUGUGCUCAACGUGAACGAAGACCUUAAGCUAGGAGGCACCUGCCUGAACCGAGGAUGUAUCCCCUCCAAGUCCCUCCUGCACAUUGCACACAAUUAUUACGAGGCAAAAAAUAAGUUCAAGGAAAGUGGUAUCAUCAUAGAUAAUAUACACCUCGACGUGGAGACAAUACAUAAGCACAAGAACAAAUGCAUGCAGAAUUUAGCCGACGGAAUAACGUACCUGUAUAAGAAGAACAAAGUGAACCAUCUCAUAGGACAUGGAAGCAUCGUAAAUGAGAACACCGUAUUGGUAAACUGUCAAGGGAAGGAGAAACUCGUGACGGCGGAACGGAUUGUUAUCGCUACAGGGUCCAAGCCGAUCGAAAUUCCACUAAAAAGGCUCAAUGAUCAGAAUGCGAAGGAGGCGGAGACGGUUCAGGACCUCCUACACUAUGACCACCAAGUGAUACAAACAUCGGAUGACAUUCUCAGCUUUAAAAAGAUCCCGAAGAAAAUUUCCAUCAUUGGUGGUGGUGUCAUUGGAUUAGAAAUAGGUUCUGUUUUUGCCAAAAUGGGUUCAGAUGUUAUCAUAUUUGAAUAUAACAACCGGUUGUGCUCUUUUCUAGAUGCAGAUGUAAGUAAAGUGCUGCAAAAAACGCUGGAAAAGAUAAAAAUCAAAUUUGUCUUUAAUACCUCCGUAAUGGGAGGAAACGUCGAAAAUGAGGAAGCCACUUUAUUUACAAAAAAUACCAAGACAAAGGAGAUACAAAAGAUCCAAUCGGAUCUGGUUCUCGUCUGUGUUGGUAGGAGAUCCAAUUUUGACAAUCUGAAUUUGGACAAAGUUGAUAUCGAAUUGGGCAAAAAUAAAAAACUUCAAGUAGAUUCCUCCUUCAGUGUCACAUCCCAUCCAAGUAUAAAAGCCAUCGGGGAUGUGAUUGACGGGCCUAUGCUUGCACACAAGGCAGAGGAAGAAGGAUACAUCCUAGCCAAUAUCCUAUUCAGCGAAUUGAAAUUAAACAAGCCUAAAAAAUCGCAUAUUAAUUACGACCUCGUACCAAGUGUUAUAUAUACGCACCCGGAGGUAGCCAGCGUAGGUCUAAAUGAAGAACAGUGCAAACAAAGGAACAUCCCAUUCAAGGGAGUUACCUUUCCCUUUGCUGCCAACAGCAGGUCUCGAACCAUUGAUGACUUUGAUGGGCUGAUUAAGCUACUCGUUGAAGAUGGGUCAAACAAAAUCCUGGGCUCUCAAAUUGUUGGAAACAAUGCUAGCGAUUUAAUUCUUCCUCUGUCCAUUUAUGUUGGCAGCGGAGGGACCGCCAAAAGUCUGAGUAAGGUUAUUUAUGCCCACCCCACCUUCUCCGAGGUCAUCAAGGAGGUCGCUCUGGCGUCCUUCGACAAGGCCAUCCACAUGUGA